AUGAGCUGCUCCUCUUGCUGCCAGCCCACCUGCUACAGGACCACAUGCAGAACCACCUGCUGGAGGCCCGCCUGCUGUGGGUCCAGCUGUUGUGGGUCCUGCUGCUGCCAGCCUUGCUGCCGCCCUUGCUGUGGGUCCAGCUGCUGCCAGCCUUGCUGCCGCCCUUGCUGUGUGAGCAGCUGCUGCCAGCCUUGCUGCUGUAGCACUCCCUGCUGCCAGCCCAGCUGCUGUGGGUCCAGCUGUGGCGGGUCCUGCUGCUGCUCACCCUGCUGCCAGCAAGUUUGCUGCAGUCCCGUGAAUGUCUGCAGAACCUGCUACCACCCCACCUGCUGCUGCGUGCCUGGGUGCAUAAGCUAUGGCUGCGGAUCCAGCUGUGGCCAGCCCUGCUAUUAUGUUCCUGACAAAAUAAACCCACCCUCCACACCUGACACCAUGUGCUGCUCCCCUUGCUGCCAGCCCACCUGCUGCAGGACCACCUGCUGGAGGCCCACCUGCUGUGGGUCCAGCUGUGGAUCCUGCUGCUGCCAGCCUUGCUGCCGCCCUUGCUCCCAGCUGCUGUGGGUCCAGCUGUGGCGGGUCCUGCUGCUGUUCUCCCUGCUGCCAGCAAGUUUGCUGCAGUCCCGUGAAUGUCUGCAGAACCUGCUACCACCCCACCUGCUGCUGCGUGCCUGGGUGCAUAAGCUAUGGCUGCGGAUCCAGCUGUGGCCAGCCCUGCUGCUGCUGAUCGCCUUGCCAGACAACCACCAUUUGCACACAUCCCACCUGCUACAGGACCACAUGCAGAACCACCUGCUGGAGGCCCACCUGCUGUGGGUCCAGCUGCUGUGGGUCCUGCUGCUGCCAGCCUUGCUGCCGCCCUUGCUGUGGGACCAGCUGCUGCCAGCCUUGCUGCCGCCCUUGCUGUGUGAGCAGCUGCUGCCAGCCUUGCUGCUGUAG